UUGAACGGCGUCGUUUUAAGCUAAGUAAGGCUGAAGCAAGCACAGAGAACCUUAAGUCCUACUCUCCCAAAUAUAGCAAUUAAAAGCACUCGCCUUACAAUACGGCCCGGUUUUCCAUGUACACCAAAUGUAGCGAGUACCCUCUUUUCAUUAUCAAUCGCGAGUAGGUGGUUUUCUGAUAAGCACUAUAUUUUCUAAAAUUAUUUUCAAUGUUUUAAGAUCGAACAUCUUUUUCAAGCAAAAAUCCUCCUCUUCCUUUUUCCCUCUCUUCUCCCGUCUUUGGAGGGAAAGGAAAACUCCUAAAAAGAAAACCCCCAAAAACAAAGCUCUCUCCUACUCUUAACAAAUUUUAGGGUUUUAGUUUACUCAAAUUUGCUUCUAUUUUUCUCUUCAAUUCUUUUAUUUGAACUUGCUUGUUCUUCACUUCUUGAUCUUGCCUGGUUCGACUCUGUUCUCAAAAUUUCUGGAAGAAAUGCUUCUGGAGAACAUGCCAGUCCCAAAGCUUCAAGACCACGGAAGAAAAAUCUGAAAAGUUACAAGGUCCAGAGAAGAAAGUAUCGGAGCUAAUUACAUCUUCUGUUAGGAAGCAGAAACUUGCCGGAACAUUCCCAAAGAAAAAUGAAUAGCCUGUUGGGCCUACAAAUUUAAAUGCUAGAUGUGGCUUGCUGCGAGAUGAAACUUCUGAUGCUUGUUUGGGAUUUGAUUCAGCUAAUGGUUCUCAUGUAGAUCAUAAGGGCAGGGAUCACCAUCUGACAGGUACUAUAUUUUCUCCACGCUUUCACAUUCAUAAGAUUUGUGGAGGUGAGAUUGAAGGUGGAGGUACGUUAUAUUUAGCAUUAUACCUGUAAUGUGCUUUUGCUUUCUCUUAAGUGAUCUUAAUGCAUAUAUCCUAUUUAGUUGACUUUAUCAAAUUCUUUUUGAGGGAACACUCAAAAAUCCAUCAAGACAGGGGAAUAGAGGAGUCACAGAUUGAUAUGCUGGAUGCUCAUGUUACUGGAGAAGCUCUUAGGUCUACUUCUGGAGAGGAGAUGCUUGGUGUAGACACAAAUGCUGUGAUUUGUAAUGCAGAUUCAGGAGCUGUCUUUUCAUCUGAAGUUUCACCCAUAUACCUUGCCAUGAAAAACUCAAAAUUAGAAUGUGCUGAUGAGCAUAGCAAAGAAUCUAUGUCAGCUGAUGUCUGUGUGGAGGAUAAAUACUAUGAGGAAUUUGAUGACUUUGAUCCUUAUUUAUUUAUAAAGAACUUACCAGAGUUGUCAUCUGUUGUCCCUACUUUUCGGCCUAUGCUUCUGCCUAAGCAGACCCGGAGUUGCCCGCCUACCACUCUUGUCUUGGACUUGGAUGAAACUUUGGUGCAUUCCUUGCUAGAACCUUGCAAAGAUGCAGAUUUCACAUUCCCUGUAAAAUUUAAUCUCCAGGAAUACACUGUUUAUGUUAGAUGCCGUCCUCACCUAAGAGAUUUCAUGGACAGAGUUUCCAGUCUUUUUGAGAUUAUUAUAUUUACAGCUAGUCAAAGUAUUUAUGCAGAGCAACUUCUAAAUGUGCUUGAUCCAAAGAGGAGAGUUUUUCGCCAUCGUGUUUUCCGAGAAUCAUGUAUUUUUGUGGAUGGCAAUUACCUUAAAGAUUUGUCAGUCCUUGGCCGUGAUCUGGCAUGUGUUAUCAUUAUUGAUAACUCUCCGCAGGUAAUUUCAGAGUUCCUUUCUUACAUGGACUUUGUUCUAGUGCUUCUGCUACGCACUGGAAAAAAUAAAGGACUGAAACAAGGGUGGAAACCUUACUUUCAAAUACACCAAUGCACACUCAGCAUGAAUGUCAUAGAAUUAGCAUUAAGAAAAUGAUGUUUACAGUGGUUCUCCUCUCCAGGCUUAACACACAAGACAGACGCAGACACAUGAAUAUAUCUUCUUGUUGGUUACUUUAAUUGUGUGGUUGAUUAUACUUUGGCAUAAAAUUUGAUGAAAUCCAUUGUUGUAAUGA